UGCUUUGGUGACAGCUCGCCUGCCACAGCUGUUGGAUUUAAGGGGCUGGAGACCGUGUUUUCGCGACAGAAAGCCUGAAUCCCUACCGACAAGAUGCUGAAUAUGUGGAAAGUGAGAGAAUUGGUUGAUAAAGCAACCAAUGUUGUCAUGAACUAUUCAGAAAAUGAAUCGAAAGUUCGAGAGGCCACAAACGAUGACCCAUGGGGGCCUUCUGGACAGAUAAUGGGAGAAAUAGCAAAAUGUACAUUCAUGUAUGAGCAGUUUCCAGAGGUGAUGAACAUGCUGUGGUUCAGAAUGCUUAAGGACAACAAGAAAAACUGGCGGAGAGUUUACAAGUCUCUGCUUCUGCUGGGUUACCUGAUACGAAACGGAUCCGAGCGGGUGGUCACCAGUGCCAGAGAGCACCUGUAUGACCUGCGCUCCAUCGAGAGUUAUCACUGCAUAGAUGAAAACGGAAAGGACCAAGGAAUCAACGUGCGGCAAAAAGUAAAAGAGUUGGUGGACCUGGUGCAGGAUGACGACAGGCUCAGAGAAGAAAGGAAGAAGGCCAAAAAAAACAGGGAUAAAUAUAUCGGUGUGUCCUCCGAUAGCAUGAGCGGUUUUAGAUAUGGUGGUGACAGGUACGAAUCACGUUCCAAAUGGGAUGAUGACUGGGAAAAUAAUAAAGGAGCGUUCCCAUUUAGUGAGAAACUGGGAGAGAUCAGCGACAAGAUUGGCAGCACCAUCGACGACACCAUCAACAUGUUUCGCAGGAAGGACAGGGAUGACUCGCCAAACAGAAUCGGGGAAAUUGAGCAGGACAGGAACCGAGAAUUCAGAAACUGGCCGUCAGGCAAGUCUGAAUUUAAAGAUGAAGAGGAGACUGUGACAACUAAAAGUGUUCAGAUUGUUCAGGCCACAGAGACCACCGCCACUCGAAAGAAAGGCACACCCUCAAAAACUGUAGACUUGGGGGCAGCUGCACAAUACACUGGGGAUAAACCUAGCACAAGCACAAACACCAGCAAGCCAAAUGAGUCCGGUGCAAGUCAGUCAAGUGGCGGCCUAGUGGACUUGUUUGCGGUAGAUCCUUUACCAGUGCAGCCAGCCCCCUCCACAGACCUAUUUGGCGGGUUUGCUGAUUUUUCAUCGGCUGAAGCUACAGCCAGUCUACCUUCAGCAGCUGCCUCAGCAGCUUGUGGAAAUGGGGGAUUUGGGGACUGGAAUGCGUUUGGAGAGAAUCAGCUGGCAGCUCAGCCUGUAAACCCUGCAGCAACAGACCUGCUACCCGCUGCUCCUGCCUCCACAGUGCCUUCUGCUGACCUCUUCGAUCUCAUGGGUCCCUCUGUCAGUACCAGCAUUAAUGUCUCCCAAAGCAUGAGCUUCUCCAUGACCAGCACUCAAAACGCAAACCUUCCUUUGUCUAAAUCACAGCCUCUGCACAGUAUGGGGACUCCGCUGAUGCCCCAUCAGCCUGCAGUUCAAAAACAAGAAGCCAAAAAAGCCAGUAUGCCGUCCACCUGGUCGGAUUCCAGUGUGAACAUCAGUCUGGACUACCUGGGCAUGCAGCCUCCCAAACAAGCUCAGCCUACACUUAACAUGAUGCAGCAGCAAGGAGUGAACAUAAUGACACAGGGUUUUGCUGGGAUGAACCUAAGCAUGCAACCUACUCCUGUCCCCGCCCGGCCUCCUGCGAACCCCAUGAUGGGAAACGUGGCCAUGUCACCUACCAUGACAGGAGGUGUCAUGGGUAUGGCCCCCAUGGGAGGCAUGCCGCUGAAUCAAGGGAUGAUGGGAAUGAACAUGAAUAUGGGAAUGCCUAUGGCCAGCAUGGGCAUGACGGGCAACAUGGGGAUGGGAAUGUCAAUGCCAGGCAUGGGUAUGAGCACUGCCAUGGCACAACCAAAGCAAGAUGCCUUCGCUGACUUUGCCAACUUUGGAAAGUAAAGAGAGGAGUCGGAAGCUGUGCGGUAGGACAAUCUUUCUGGAAGGCAUAACCAUGAAGGAUUUUUGAAGAGCUACAAACAAAGAGUACUUGAAUGAUGUCAGUUACACCCACCCGGAAUUUCUGUCUUUUACACAAUGGGGAUGUAAAUCUGGUAAUCAGUCUGACCAAGGAGCCACAUUCAGAAUUGUUACAAUGAUUUUGUACAAGAGAGUAAUAUGUAAUUGCACUUCCAUUUAGGUUCGGUUGUUGCUUUAAAUCUUAAAAGAAUUAUGAUGCAUUGGAAUGACGAUGAGUAGCCCCUUUAUACCAUUUUUUUAUAUAUAUAUAUAUAAGCCCAUGUUGGAAAGAUCCUUUACUUUCUUUUAUAUAGUAACUUGCACCUUGUAAAUAUACUUGCAACAAGACAAUAAGUUAUUAAAAUGCAAGAUUUUUCAUUCAAAUAUUAAAAAUGUAUAACAACGGCCGCUCAGGUGGCGCAGCGGUAAAAACACACCCUGGAACCAGAGCUGGAUCUCGAAUACAUCGUAUCGAAUCUCAGCUCUGCCUGCCGGCUGAAGCUGAGCGGCCACAUGAACAACGAUUGACCUGUUGUUCAGAUAUGGGCGGGACUAAGCCGGAUGGGGUCUCUCUCUCUCUCUCAUGACCGGUGCUGUUACGAUCUCUGCUGGCUGAUUGAUGGCGCCUGCACAGAGAAAGUGUAGGUGAUAAGAUGCAUAUGGCAUGCUGCCCACGUGUCGGAGGGAUCGGCAUUGGUGGAGAAGAAGCAUGACUGGACGCGCUAAAAAGGGAGGAAAAGGGGAGAAAAUGCAUAAAGAAAAUAAAAAACAAUGUAUAACAAUGAAUAAUGCAUUUUAUAACUAAAGAAAGACAGCAUGAGUAAUAAAAUUAUGAGCAAACGCUGCUGCCUUCAAAAUAGCAUAGGAAAUGUAAUAUUUUUAUAAGAAAUGUAAUGUUUUGCAUUUUUCUUUAAAUCUCACCCAAGCGUAAAAACUGCUGUCAUUCAGUGUCCUUACACACAGUGCCUGUUAACCUUUUGCCUAUAAAUUUCUCUAUUCAGUUUUUUUUUUACAAAGACAAUGUAAUAUUACAGUAUUUAUUUUGGGUACUGUAGGAAAUCAAGCAAACAUGUAUGCACAUUCUCAUAUUUUGUGUGUGUCUGGUUUUCCCUUUUUUCUGUGCAUGGCUCGUAUAUUUUACUGUAAUAUAUUUGUUUUUUCAUGGAGUAAAUCAUAGAAAAAUUUAUUUUAUGCAAGUUAGGAAAUGAGCGAGUUGUACGAGGAUGCGUGAAGGUUUGCAAGGCCCCCUUUUCAGCUCCCGAGUGGAAUGUACCUGUGGACCAUCUGUGUAUUGUCAAAAGCAGGGACUCUAGUAAAGCCUUCCAUGCCAUUCAGAAGCAUUACAUGCACACACAGACGACCAAAUUCUGCCUUUUCUCUUUUCUCUUCCUUACUUUUCCAAGGGAUGGGUUUCUGUGUUUUUUCUAGCAGAGUUUAUUAGAUUCUAGUGUGUAUGUAUGUAUGUUGGGGUGUGCUGUAUGGGAUCAUUGAUUAUACUGAACAACACUAUACUUUAUACUUUUAUGCAAAUCAAAAACAACCGACAAAACAUCCCUCCUUUCAGGUGUAUGUAAUCUGAUUCAUACACUGGUUUGAUUGUUUAAUUGUACUCAUGAUCCUUUAUGUAAGAGAUUAAAGAGCUGAUUUUUUUGUGGA